AUGGUGCGCUCUCUAGCUCAGCAACAGCAGAGCCCACAACAGCAGCAUAUUCCGCAAGUACAGAAUGCCUAUUCAGAUGGUUUAGCAACUGACCUGGCGUACUCCUUUCAGGGUACGCUAGGAACAUCGCCACAGGGUUUAUCCACAACAACCCCAUUGGCCUCGGUCGACGAAGACAACGUCGCGCCAGCUAUGCGGCAUGCAUCCUUGUCGCAUAACAGAGACUAUCCGACGUCCCCUGCACCCUCGGAGCAUGGUAGUAUCCGCCUCCAUUCAAAUGGUGCAAACUAUGUUGGAAGCUUUCAUUGGGCUGCCGUUCUUGACAGCAUCUCGGAGUUGAGGGAUCAUUACGAAGAGGAGGAGGAGGCGAGGUUGUUGGCGGCGAAUGAUCAUGUGCUACAUGAGAGCCCUGGCCCCAGGCUUCUUUAUGAGCCUGUUCAGACAACAAAGGCCGAUCUACUAGCUGCCAUUCCUGCUCAACCUGCGGUGGAUCGGAUGGUCGCUCGGUACUUUAACGCCCAGGGUGUUGUUCCAGAAGUCCUUCAUAGCGGGCGUUUUCUCAGAGAGGUACGGACCAUCUACCCUCGGUUCUUUUGA